CCAGUCCACUGCAGCCCAGGUCGAACCAAAAUGUCAGGAACCAUUGUGAUCACCGGAGCCAACAGCUCCUCCCAGGAUCCCAGAGGACCUGGAGGAGCUGGUGAAACCGAUGAGAGCCUGAAGAGAGUUACGGCGGUUGGUAUCAACCCGGGCAAUCUCAGCGACCCCCGUGCCCUGCGGACAAACACACCCGCGGCUAUCAGGUUUAUGUCGCGGUUUAUCAUCCAACCGUUUAGGCCUCUGCUGAGUCUGAAGGAUCCCACCAUACGUACAUCCGCGGAGGCAGCAGUGGACGUGGUGGAGUUGGCCGUCAACAAGACUUAUGCCGGGGAGACGGGCUUCUUUACUCUGCUGAAGAAGGACGAUAGCUCACCCGAGAGCCAGGACGGCGAGAAGCAGGAGAAGCUGUGGAAGAAGACUCUGGAAUGGGCGAAGAUCAGCCCUACGGAUAUCGCGCUGGUUGGAAUGACGCAGCCCUACGGGACGCAACUGCCGAGCACCUCCACCGUUGCGGUCCGCCCCACGGCAAAGGCCUUUGCCCCGGCCUCCAAUGGCUUCAUGACGUUUGCUCCGCAUGGGGGAUUAUGA